GUUUCAAGUCAAACCCCCAUUCAUAACUAACUCUCUGCUACGGCUCCUCUCUCCCCCUUUAAAGGAAUAAAGGGAAUAACCAAAAGACAGCAAAAACGGCUCCUUUCCCUGUUCCUCUCUUUCUCUCAGGGAAGGCAGAUAAAAGAAGCAUAGAAUACUUAAAGUGAGAUAAUAAUAAAAAAAUACCCAGAGUAGAAACUGAAAAAAGGUGAAGACUUGAUAGGGAAAAACAUGGGAUUGAAUCCAGGAAUGUGGAAAGUUUUUGUGGUGUGGGUAGUGGUGAUAUUGGGUACUUGGGUUUCUGUUGGAACUGCUUCUGUGUCUUAUGAUAAGAACUCUUUCAUCAUCAAUGGCCAAAGAAAGAUUCUUAUUUCUGGAUCAAUUCACUACCCAAGAAGUACCCCUGAGAUGUGGCCAGAUCUUUUUCAGAAAGCAAAAGAAGGAGGAUUGGAUGUAAUCCAAACAUAUGUUUUCUGGAAUGGACAUGAACCUAAACAAGGCCAAUAUUAUUUUGAGGGGAGGUAUGAUUUAGUGAAGUUCAUAAAGUUGGCACAGCAAGCUGGACUAUAUGUUCAUCUCAGGAUUGGACCUUAUGCUUGUGCUGAAUGGAACUUUGGCGGUUUUCCCGUUUGGCUAAAGUAUGUUCCAGGUAUCAGUUUCAGGACAGAUAAUGGACCUUUCAAGGCUGCAAUGCAGAAGUUCACCACAAUGAUUGUUAACAUGAUGAAAACCCAAAGGCUGUAUGAAUCUCAAGGUGGUCCAAUCAUCUUAUCUCAGAUUGAGAAUGAAUAUGGUCCAAUGGAGUAUGAACUGGGUGCUCCAGCAAAAGCUUAUGCACAGUGGGCUGCUCAAAUGGCCGUCGGCCUCAACACAGGCGUCCCAUGGGUCAUGUGUAAGCAAGAUGAUGCCCCUGAUCCAGUUAUUAACGCAUGCAAUGGUUUUUAUUGUGACUGGUUUUCACCAAAUAAGGCUUAUAAACCAAAGAUGUGGACUGAAGCCUGGACUGGCUGGUUUACUGGAUUUGGAGGUGCAGUACCUUACCGUCCUGCUGAGGACAUGUCUUAUGCCGUAGCAAAGUUCAUAAUGACUGAGGGCUCAUUUAUCAAUUAUUACAUGUAUCACGGGGGAACAAACUUUGGUAGGACUGCUGGAGGUCCUUUUAUUGCAACAAGUUAUGACUAUGAUGCUCCUCUUGAUGAAUAUGGAUUAGUACGGGAACCUAAAUGGGGUCAUUUGAAAGAUCUGCAUAGAGCAAUAAAGCUGUGUGAACCAGCAUUAGUCUCUGGAAAUCCAAAUAUAAUAUCACUAGGCAAAUAUCAAGAGGCACGUGUAUUCAAGUCAAAGUCUGGAGCCUGUGCUGCCUUCCUUGCAAAUCAUGACCAAAACUCUUUUGCUAAAGUGGCUUUUGGAAACAUGCAUUACGACUUGCCACCUUGGUCCAUCAGCAUACUUCCUGACUGCAAGAAUACUAUUUAUAAUACUGCAAGGGUUGGUGCACAAAGCACACAAAUGAAAAUGACUCCUGUCAGCCAUGGAUUCUCUUGGCAAUCAUAUAAUGAAGAGACAUCAUCUUAUGAUAAUAAUGAAUUUACAGCUAAUAGGCUGUUAGAGCAGAUAAAUACCACAUGGGAUUCUACUGAUUAUUUGUGGUAUAUGACAGAUGUGAGCAUUGAUCCAAGUGAAGCGUUUCUGAAAGGAGGAAAGUGGCCUUGGCUCAAUGUAUAUUCAGCUGGCCAUGCGUUGCAUGUCUUCAUAAAUGGUCAAUUAGUUGGAACUUCCUAUGGAAAUUUAGAAAAUCCCAAAAUAGCGUUCAGUAAAGCCGUAAAUCUGAGAGCUGGAGUCAAUAAAAUCUCACUUCUAAGCAUUGCUGUUGGUCUUCCGAAUGUUGGUCCUCAUUUUGAGACAUGGAACGCUGGUGUACUUGGCCCUGUUUCACUUAGCGGUCUUAAUGAGGGAAAGAGAGAUUUGACCUGGCAAAAAUGGUCUUACAAGAUUGGUCUUGAAGGAGAAGCGCUGAAACUUCAUUCAGUUACGGGUAGCUCUUCGGUUGAGUGGGCUGCGGGUUCUUUAGUGGCUGAAAAACAGCCUCUAACGUGGUAUAAGUCAACAUUCGAUGCUCCAACAGGAAAUGAGCCUUUGGCUUUGGAUAUGAAUACCAUGGGUAAGGGACAGGUAUGGAUAAAUGGUGAAAGCAUUGGACGCUAUUGGCCAGCAUACAAAGCAUCUGGUGCAUGUGGCUCCUGUAGCUAUACCGGUUGGUUUACUGAGAAAAAAUGUUUAAGGGGAUGUGGAGGGCCUUCACAAAGAUGGUAUCAUGUUCCUCGUUCCUGGCUCCGUCCAACGGGAAAUCUGAUAGUUGUGGUUGAAGAAUUGGGAGGGGAUCCUUACGGAGUCUCUUUGGUGAAAAGAGAGGUGGAGAGUGUCUGUGCGGAUAUAUUUGAAGGGCAACCACAGUUGAUGAAUUGGGAGAUGGAAACAUCAGGCAAAGUUAGCAACCAGCUUAGGCCUAACGCUCAUCUCUCAUGUGGACCUGGUCAGAAGAUUACCUCCAUCAAAUUUGCUAGCUAUGGUACACCACAAGGAAGCUGUGGAAGCUUCCAGGAAGGAAGCUGCCAUGCUUUCCAUUCAUAUGAUAUUUUUGAAAAGUAUUGCAUCGGGUGGAACACCUGCACAGUACCUGUAACUCUAGAGUCCUUUGGAUCAGGAGAUCCGUGUCCUAAUGUCAUGAAGAAACUUUCAGUGGAAGUCGUUUGCAGUUGACGAUUUUGGAACUAUUGAUUUAGUUCCUUGCUCCAACAUACGUAAAUUUGCUUUGAGGUAUUUUCAAGAGGCCAGGCUGCAAUCUCAAUAAUUAGUUACUGCAUACAAUAGUCUUUUGGCAUAGAUACAGCUGUACAGAACUACAGAUAUACAAGACAAGCUUUGGGGAAAACAACAUAAACUUCAGAUGAUGGAUUUGGCGAUAUAUGUAGAUAAUACAUUAGGAAUGCCAUUUGCCGCACAAAAUUUCAAAUAAUUUGCUUCAUUGGCACAUGGAGAUGAAGAUUAAUUUGAAUCCAUGUGCUCAUUUGUUUAGUCUAUACUUGUUUCAUCAUCAAAUGUAUAAGAAGCAAUAAUUUCAGUGCUACUGCCAUUGUAAGCUGUAAAAAUGCUUGAAAUGUUGUAAUAAUAAUGUCAAAUAUUUUUCUCAUUUGAAAUGUUGUCUCAGUUUUAGAUGGCUUCAGAAUAAUUUCAGUCCUCAAUUUAUAAAGUCACUGGUGAAUAUUGUGAACUCUCACUCCAGUGAGAGCAUUUAUCUAUUGUAUAUGAUCUCAGAUGGAUCCAACAUGGUGGACGCUAGUUAAUAGUCCACAUUUCAUCUCAUUAUAUACUUCUUCAGUUGCCUAGUUCUUGCAAAU